GGAACCGGAAGUUAUGGUGACGUCACCGCCGCUCUCCUAUUCCCAGCGCAGGACAACAACCGACCAACCGACUGUGGAGACCGAAAACUUUUGACAAACUCCGCCGAAAAGCCGCUUGAAAGUUUUAUAAAGUUUCCCUCCGUGAUGCGGGGGUUUGUUUAGAGCCGAGCGGCCGUGCGGCAGAUGUGGACCGGCUGUUAGUGCUGGAUGGAGUCGGGCUUCGGGGUCCAACGGAGGGCCGGUGGAGGCUCUCCCGCUGUGGGAGCUUCGCAGCGCCGCAGGAAGAUUCCGCCCAGAGCCGCUGAUUAUAAACUGCAGGUGAUCAUUAUUGGCUCCAGAGGUGUGGGGAAAACCAGCCUGAUGGAGAGAUUCACGGAUGACACUUUCUGUGAGGCGUGCAAGUCCACUGUGGGUGUGGAUUUUAAAAUCAAGACAGUGGAGCUGAGAGGAAAGAAGAUCAGGUUGCAGAUCUGUUACCCAGCAUCUUCGGCUCCUUGCCUCCUUCACUGUCCGUCUUAACUGCUCAUUGACACGUGACGCCUCACCCUGCUCCUCAAUGUGACAUCAUAUGCUGUUUUGGAAAAAUGCAGCCAGACUAGGGUUGAUAAGGGACACGGCAGGUCAGGAGCGGUUUAACAGCAUCACUUCAGCGUAUUACCGCGGUGCCAAAGGCAUUGUUUUGGUUUAUGACAUCACCAAGCAGGAAACUUUUGAAGACCUGCCUAAAUGGAUGAAGAUGAUAGACAAGUAUGCAUCAGAGGAUGCCGAGCUCCUAUUGGUUGGGAACAAACUGGACUGCGAGUCUGAUCGCGCCAUCUCACGGCAACAAGCUGAGAGGUUUGCUUCACGGAUAUCAGGGAUGCGUUUCUGUGAGGCCAGUGCCAAGGAUAACUUUAACGUGGAUGAGAUCUUCCUUAAACUAGUUGAUGACAUCUUGAGUAAGAUGCCACUUGAAGUCCCCAGUAAGGAGCUUUCCAACAGUGUUUUGUCUCUUCAACCCGAGCCUGAAAUCCCACCAGAGCUGCCUCCGCCACGCAUGCGCUGCUGUUGAGACUCGCUUCAUGAUUUAUUAUUUUAUACACAUGCAGUUACAGACUCCCACCACCAGGGGCUCGAGACUGCAGCCCAUGAUGAAAUCUAGGGAAAAAAAACAACUCUCAGUAUUGCAUAGAAUCAUCGCACAAAUGAUCAACUCUACAGUCUAACAUCAUACAUAUUUUGGUACUUUUAGAGGCCAAUAAAGGACAUCCGUAUCUUCA